UAGAGGUAGCAAUACUCCCCGUCGCGCAAUGACGUCCGUUAGGAAAAGUGGAGUCGAAUUCAUUUUUACACAGCGCUGUCUUUUCUAUGUUCGAAAGGAAGCACAUUUUCAUCUCUCCUCGACCCGAUAACGUUCUCCACAAAGGUUAAGUAAAGGAGGCAUAAAGGUUAGGAGAUUUGACUAUUCGUAGAGGAAUUGGGCCACAGCUAAGGAGUCUCACCGCGUCCGCCAUCUUGUCGUCACGUGACAGCACUUGGACGUUGGAUGUCCAUGUCCUACAGGCUGCAGCGAGACCUUGCUCGAAAAAACAGAGUAGAGACUCUCAUGGGUAAAGUAGGUUUAGCGGAGGAGUGACACGCCCUUCCACCAAUCGGUUCAUCGUACAACAUUGUCACUUCUGGGUUCUAAGCCAAUGGUGUUCCUCUGUCAACAGUGCAAUCCAUCCUAAAGAGUGGUUGCCUUUAGCUUAGACUACGUGAUGUGCAACGCGUAUGCAACAAUGUUGUGCCAGUGUAUCUUUAACCCGUUGUUUUAUUCCGAAAUUUAACCCCUCGACCCGUCAGGACCUAGUCGCGCGGCCAACCCGAGCUCCUCUCAGAUGUGGACGCAGACAGGACCCGACGCGCGUCGUUGUCACUGUUGUUUUGAUGAGAAGGUGGUCGGGAGGUAAGGAUCGCGUUGUUUCACAGACGGGGUCCCCGUCCUCAUCAACUUUUCAAGAUGAGGGUCUUCUUUGCUCUUCUGAAACACAACAACCCCAGAAUAGAGUACUACUCCCGGUUCUCUCCAUCCCCGCUGUCCAUCAAACAGUUCCUUGACUUCGGCCAGGAGAAUGCGUGUGAAAAGACGUCGUACAUGUUCCUCCGUAAGGAGCUCCCAGUGCGCCUGGCCAACACCAUGAGAGAGGUCAACCUGCUGCCUGACCAGCUGCUCAGCCAGCCCUCGGUCCGACUGGUCCAGAAGUGGUACAUGCAGAGCUUUGUAGAGCUGCUGGACUACGAGAACAGAAAAGGGGAGGACCCUCAAGUUCUGAAUGAUUUCCUGGACUUGUUGAUCGAGAUCCGUAAUCGCCAUAACGACGUGGUCCCGACCAUGGCCCAGGGGGUCAUUGAGUACAAGGAGAAGUUUGGCUUCGACCCGUUCAUCAGCAGCAGCAUCCAGUACUUCCUGGACCGCUUCUACACCAAUCGCAUCUCCUUCCGCAUGCUCAUCAACCAGCACACUUUGCUGUUUAGCAAUGUCACCAACCCCGCGCAUCCCAAGCACAUCGGCAGCAUCGACCCCGCCUGCAACGUGGCCGAGGUGGUCCGAGAUGCCUACGAGACAGCCAAGAUGCUCUGUGAGAAGUACUACAUGGCUUCCCCUGACCUCAAGGUUGAAGAGUUUCACGCUCAUGCUCCAAAGCCUAUCCAGGCUGUGUACGUGCCUUCCCACCUCUUCCACAUGCUGUUUGAGCUCUUCAAGAACUCCAUGCGAGCCACGGUAGAGCUUCACGAAGACAGCGAGGGCGGUCUGCCACCGGUGAAGGCCAAAGUGACUCUGGGAAAAGAAGACCUCUCUAUCCUGAUCAGUGAUCGAGGAGGCGGAGUUCCCCUACGGAAGAUCGACCGUCUGUUUAACUACAUGUACUCUACGGCCCCCUCGCCCAGCUUUGAACCAGGAGCUGUCCCCCUGGCCGGGUUCGGCUACGGCCUGCCCAUCUCGCGGCUCUACGCCCGCUACUUCCAGGGGGAUCUGAAGCUGUAUUCCAUGGAGGGGGUGGGCACCGACGCCGUCAUCUACCUGAAGGCCCUGUCCAGUGAGUCGUUUGAGCGGCUGCCUGUGUUCAACAAGUCGGCCUGGCGCCACUACAAGGUCGGCCCCGAGGCGGACGACUGGAGCAACCCCAGCACGGAGCCCCGGGACACCAGCGUGUCCAAGUACAAGGCCAAGAGAUGACUCCCCCCCCCCCCCCCCCC